AAAAGCUAGAGAGGAACAUAACAAACCAAACCUCCCUCCUCGUCUCUUUCUCUUCUCAACUAAACUCCUCUUCUCAGACCAAAGCACCCCAAAGUCACUCUUUUUUUUAUGCAUUAGCGCAAAUGGAAGACUCUGAGAAACUGACGGCUUUGAAGAAAGCCUAUGCGGAGAUAAUACUCAACACGGCAAAAGAAUCGGCGGCGCGUAUUAUGGUGUCAGAGAGGAAAGCACUUCGUUUUCAGCAGGAGCUUUCUUCGACUAAAGAAGAGGCGCUUCGGAUGCUCUUGAGGAUCAAACAGAUGUUGGAUUCUAAGGUUACUGAAGCAGAGAUGACGUCCUUGAGCCAACAGAAGAAAAUUGAAGAGCUUGAAGCACAGCUCCAGGAAGCUGAGGAUAUAGUAAGAGACCUAAGAGAAGAAUUGAGAGAAGUGCAGGCAGAGUUGGAGAAGGUGACAGAAAACCAACAGCAGCCUUUGGAUGAACAAAAUUUAGAGGGUGAUACUGCUAUUCAUGAAGAAAUACCACAAGAGAAUAGACUCAUGACGUCUGGGUCUAUAUUUUCCAUACCUGAUUCACAACAUGAACCAGCCACAGCAUCUGGCAUGAAGAGCUUGACUUCUAACAGGACAUAUGAGGACAAUAAGUGCUAUGGUGCAAAUGAUUCACAUAUGGAUAAUAGUUAUCUUCCUAACCCUUAUUUUGCCUCCAUAGUAAUGAGAAGCAAAGAACCUGAGCUGUACAGAAAUGGAUGCACCCAGAGAAUUCGUGCAUUUGAAAAAUACCUCUUGGAUGAAAAGUUGUCAUUUUCUGUACAAGUAGAUGAUGUGAAAAAUGAAGCAUUUACCAGAGGAGAUGAGGAAGUUAAAGGGUUGUAUAAGACAUCUAUGCAUAAGGCUGACAAUAUGCUUGGAUUAGAAGAGACAAACCAAGAUGAACUUAAAGUAAUGCACUCAGAUAAUGAUCAUAUACAAGUGCAAGAUGCUAAAUCCUUUUGUAGAAAAAGAAGGAAAAGAGCUGGUAGAUAUAAGAAAUGUAAAGCUCCCUCAUUUAAACAAGGUAAUAGGAUAUGUGUAAUACCUACCCAUGAGGCUGAGAAUAGUGGAGUAGAAGAGAAGAACCUAGAUCAACUGAAAGUAACACAGGCAGACACAAGUGAUAUCCAAGGGCAGAUUGUUACGUCCUUUUGCAGGAAAAGAAAACGAGGAGCUAGAUAUAUAAAAAGAGACCCUUCCUCAUUUAUGUCUAUUGCUGAUCACCUCAUGGAAAAACCUCAAGUGUCUGACCUUUCUAGCUCCAAAACUUCUCCAGAUUCAGUUGAUAACAAUGAUGAAGCAGUAGAAGAUCCUUCUAAGAUAACUGAGAAUGAAGGUCAAAAGGAUCCAGUAUCCACUGUGGGCCCAGUUCUACCUUCAGAUGCAACUGGUACACAUUUGGGAUCCAUUGGCUUGACUCAAAAUGAUGUGGAUUUUCUGAAGCCUUGUAGUGUUGAAAACACAAUGAACAACGACACAGUACCAAUUAAUAAAUUGGAUAUGACAAUUCAGGAAAGUUUAUCAGCUGAGAAUUCAGAGGUUCAGGGUUGCAGAGCAGAUGUUGAGACAUUUGACGAGUCCUUAGUUAAUUCAGAUCUGAAAGCAUCAGAUUCAAACGAUGUGGUUAGUCAAACUGUAAAUAAUAGGUUUCUCAAGUACACAUUCCGAAGAAAACGCAAGAAGGAUUCUUUAAGCAGCCCUGAUUGGGAUUCAUCUCUUGACAAUGGAACUUUAAAUAUGAACACUGGGGACAAUCAGAAUGGUUCUCUGGAGCCACAGAAUACCUUGGUAGCAGAAUCAUCUCGAGACAGUCGGCGUCUAGCACAGGUUGCUCGUCAGCUUAUAUCUUUGUCUGGGAAGAAGUGGUGGCAGUAGAUCCCUGAAUAGUUUUGGAGAGGAAACCAAAUCCAGCUUCGCUGCAAUGAAAUUUUGGAGAGUUGUUUUGUAAAAAAAUCAGACCAACAGGCAUUCUCUUUAUCAAGGAAGAGCUAUAGAUCCCUGAAUAAUGCAUGAGCAUAAUAUAUCCAUUUAAAUUGUCAGUAUUGCUGUAUUUCUCUAGUCUUUCUCUUUUACAUAAUAUUAAAAUUUAAAAUAGCUUAAAUUGUAAUUGGCAUUGUUAUCAAGCUCGGGCCUAUUCUAUCUAAAAUGAUUGCAUUACAAUUUUAA